GUCACUGCCCACUUGAAGCGCUCUUGUGGUCCUUGGGACAUAUAGAUGCUGCCAGGAUACCGCUCUCUUCUCUGUCUUCUUUCUUUUGGAACGCAGAGACUUGGGUCAUCGAGAUGUCUACCACUAUCGAGAAAUUCGUAGGUGCAUUCCUUAUAACGAUCUGUGUAGCUAUGGUAUUCUAUGGGAUGUCUACCAUUCAAGCGUAUGUCUAUUGGUGGAACUACCCCAACGAUCCGUUGAAGAUCAAAAUAGUUGUGGCAGUCAUCUGGUUGCUGGAAACGCUUCAUAGCGUUUUCUGUCUCCACGUUGUCUACAGCUAUCUCAUCAUUGAUUUCGGUGACCUCGCUAAAGUCGAGCAGAUUGUUUGGAGUGCCCCGAUCCCAGUCCUUAUCGCUGUAUUAAUUGCGGCAAUCGUGCAAGGAUUCUUCAUUCAUCGACUUUGGAUUCUGAGCGCGAAGAACCGAUUUCUCACCUCUGUUGCAACAACACUGCUCUUUUUGCGUGUCGGUACAGGAAUUGGAACUGUGACCUUGUCAUGGGAGAUCUUAGAGUGGGCCACGUUCCGCACAGCACUGGGGCCAUUGAUCACCUUGACUUGGGGAGUUUCACUUGCCGCGGCAGAAGACAUAAUAAUCGCUGUGUCACUGAUCUAUUACCUGCAGAAGAGUCAUGGUCGGACACGCAGCACGGACCAUCUGAUCAGGACGUUACAGACGUACACCAUCAAUACUGGAAGUCUAACUAUGCUGACGUCGAUCGUGAUCCUCAUGACAUUUGUAUUCUACAAGGGCAGUUUGAUAUUCAUGGGAAUGGUCUCCAUUCAAGGGAAACUCUAUGCAAACUCAUUUCUUGCAACUCUCAAUGCUCGACACCACUUGAAUAGCCCCCGAGGAACUGUCGCAGACGAUGCAAUCACAAUGAGCUUCGCUGCUGCCAGAAUCCCUCCUAGACGUCUGUCAGAGACGCCUACCAGCACUUUACCUCUGCCGCCCCAUAUACAGAUUUAUCAGACUGUCACGAAGGCUACGCAUAACGAUGUCGCGGAAGCUGGAGUCGUGGACCUCAAUUCCACUCACACGCCCACGAAUAGUAAUGUAGAUGUGGAGAACGCGGACGACCGCAAAGUGCAAAUGUUCGCGUAGAAUUUUUCGCAGCAGCUGAGCAGCCAGAAAUGUU